CACUGGCCUCUGACAUGUGCGACGGGUCUUCUUCAUAAUAACUUGGACUGGCGGCCGACGAAUCUUUACCCCCUACCCACGGGCCAUAUUUAUUCGGUUAAAAUGGACAUUUCGGCCAAAUUAAGUCUCCUGGGAUUAUCGGACACGAAAGUCAACGAAACCAUCAAGAACAAACCUCUGUCGGCCUUGUUAGCGGGCAUCGUAGAUGAGGCCAAAGGUAAAGGUGAUAUAACCAAACCUGUAGGUAAUCUACUUUAUCAUCUCGGCACAAAACUACCUCAGCAGUUUCACAAGCACAUACCAUUACUCGUCGCUUACUUAGUGGAUGGACGCAUCAACCAGGAAGCAAAGUUAACUGCGGCCAUUAAGUUUGUUCAGAAUAGUGUGUCAGGCAACAUCAACAUUGAAGAGUUUGAAAAAUCUUGCGGAGUUGGGGUAGAAGUGUCACAGGAUGAGAUUGAGGCAAGCGUAGCACAUAUAAUUGGAAAGCAUAAGGAAGCAUUACUGUCUCAGAGGUACCGCUUCAAUGUUGGUCCUUUGAUAGGCCAGGUCCGAGCAUCGCUUCCAUGGGCAGAUAGUAAGAAGGUAAAGGAGGAGAUAGAUCUUCAGGUGUUGACACUCCUUGGUCCCAAAGGAGAAGAGGAUUUAGUGAAGCCUCCAAAGGUCAAAAAUGCAGAAAAGAAGGAGAAAGCGGAUAAGGUUGACUCAGCCCCUCAAGAGAAGCAGUGUUUAACAAUGACUGAGCUCUUACGAACUGUACAGUUUCACGCACCUGGGGAAAAUCACAAAACUGACGGCUAUAUUAUUACUGAUCAGACUGAGCGCCUGUUAAAGGAACAUCUCAAAGUAACAGGAGGUCAGGUUCGCACAAGAUUCCCUCCAGAACCAAAUGGUAUUUUACACAUAGGACAUGCAAAGGCUAUUAACAUUAAUUUUGGGUAUGCUGCUGCUAAUGGAGGUGUAUGCUUCCUGAGGUACGAUGACACGAAUCCCGAGAAAGAAGAAGAAAAGUUCUUCAAGGGAAUCAAGGAAAUGGUGGAAUGGUUAGGUUACAAACCGUACAAAAUCACACAUUCGUCCGAUUACUUCCAUCAGUUGUAUGAAUGGGCUAAGUUAUUAAUAGAGAAAAAUAUGGCCUAUGUAUGCCAUCAGAAGGCUGAAGAACUUAAAGGCUUUAACCCCAAGCCUUCACCAUGGAGGGAGAGGCCUGUUGAAGAAUCACGUCAGUUGUUUGAGGAUAUGAAGAAUGGAAAAUUUGACGAAGGGGAAGCAACAUUGAGAUUGAAGUUAACCUUGGAGGAAGGCAAGUUAGAUCCAGUGGCUUAUCGAAUCAAGUAUUUCCCUCACCAUUGUACUGGCAAUGAAUGGUGUAUAUACCCAACGUACGAUUAUACUCACUGUUUGUGUGACUCCCUAGAAAAUAUUACACACAGCCUGUGCACAAAAGAAUUCCAGUCCAGACGAUCUUCAUAUUAUUGGCUUUGUAAUGCAGUGGAAACUUACAGCCCCGUCCAGUGGGAGUAUGGGAGACUGAAUAUGAACUGUACUGUAGUUUCUAAAAGGAAAAUUGCAAAGUUGAUAUCUGAGGGACAUGUAAGAGAUUGGGAUGACCCAAGACUCUUUACCUUAACUGCUCUUAGACGAAGAGGGUUCCCAGCUGAAGCGAUUAACAGUUUCUGUGCCACUCUGGGAUUAACUGGAGCUCAGAUCUCUAUUCACCCAAGGGCCUUAGAAGCCUGUGUUCGCCGGGUUUUAAAUAUGACAGCACGCAGGGUUAUGGUAGUGAUGGACCCCAUGAAAGUAGUCAUCACAAACUACCCGAACAACGGACCUGUUAUGUUAGACGUUCCAAAUAUUCCUGGAUUGGAUGAAGAAGGUUCACAUUCAAUCCCAUUCGACAAGGAGCUGUGGUUAGAGCGCUCUGAUUUCCGUGAGACCGCAGAUGGAGAUUACCGGGGGCUGACCCCCGAGCAGAGUGUUGGCCUCAAGUAUAGUGGCUUUAUUAUCAAGCUCCAGGAAGUUGUGAGGACACCAUCAGGUGAAGUAGAUUACCUGAAAGUCACAUGCGAAGCAGUUUCAGAGGAGAAUAAGCCCAAAUCUUUCAUUCACUGGGUUGCACAUCCUGUCAAGUGUGAAGUUCGUCUGUAUGAGCAGUUGUUCAUUCACGAGUUCCCAGAGGACCCAGCUGUGGUUCCUGGUGGAUACCUGACGGAUAUCAAUCCUAAUUCCCUGACAAUUAAAGUGGCCUUCGCAGACUGUUCGGUUAAGGGAGCAGAAGCGUACCAGAAAUUCCAGUUUCAGCGGGUUGGGUUCUUUUGUGUGGAUCCUGAUUCUAUGCCAGAUUACUUGGUGUUCAACAGGACUUGUGAAAUCAAAGCUGACAAGGGGAAAAAUUAAUGACUAUUUAUUUAGUGUACCAUUUAAUUAUUAUAAAAUUCUUUUGAUAAGAAUGUUUUUUAAUUAUUAUUAAAGAAUUUGAACUGAAA